AUGGCGGAGAUCGGCGAAGCAGGGGGCCAACCCCUCCCCAACCCCAUGGCUGCCACCGAAGAGGCCUACUGGAAGCACCGCGCUCCUUACCACCUGCGAUCUGCCGAGGAAUUCGGCCGCGUCCAGUGGCACGGGAAAUGCCAGUGCGGACAGGUGCGGUACAAGGUGAAUCGGGGUCGACCGUUGAAGUCGAAGUACUGUCACUGUCGCAACUGCCAAGUGCUCCACGGCGCGCCCUUCCAAUGGGCCGCCAUCUUUCAUAAAACGGAUAUCGCGUUCGUCAACGGCGCGGAUGGGCUGGCCUUUUACUCUGCGGGCGAUCGCACGAGAGAGUAUCAGACGCCGACGAAGCUGAGCUGUUCGUACUGUUGCACGCCGCUCAUGGACGAGGGGCGGAAUAUGUGCAUGGUGUUUCCGACGACGAUCGAGCAUGGGUCGUCGGAUCAGGAGGUGGAGGCGUGGCGGAAAGCGUUUGAGAUCGACUGUCAUAUCUUCUACAGCGCACGGGCCGUCGAUGUGCCGGAUGGGAAAGCCAAAUGGACGGGACUGGACGGCCACAGCGAUCAACUGGACGCUUAA